UGAUCAGGUGAUUGGUUGACCGGGAUGGUGGCCUCCUGGGCUGGGAGGCCAGAGUCGGUUGCUGCUGCCGCCGCCGCUGCUGCCAUCGCUGAGCUGAUUAAUCGCGGGAGAGUGAAAGGAGAGCAGGGGCUGCGGGGUAGCCGUGAUGCCCAAGUACUACGAAGACAAAGAGACGGACGGGCGCGCGUGCGCGGGGCUGCGCGAGGACUUGAUAGACUGCUUGAUCACCUGUGAUUGUUUUGCCAAGGAAGGAAAAACGCCCAGACUGUGCUUGAAAGAAGGACAUUGUAAAGCUUUAGCAUAUACAUUUUUUGAAUGCAAAAGAUCAAUGUUGGAUUGCAGAGCGAGAUUCAGAGGAAAAAAGGGAUACUGAAGCUCUCUGUUAAGAAACAGCAAGCAUGGGCAAUCCUGCAUGUGUUGUUACCUCAAGAUUAAAGAACCAGAAUGAAGAGAUUACAUUCUGUGUUUCCCCCAAGCCCUUCUUCACUCUUGUGGAUGAAAACUAUUUGUCUUUUAAGUGCUGAAUGACUAAUAUUGCUGACUCCUAGAUGUACAAAAAUGAAAAUCAAGUCUGGAAAUUCGUGGUGAUGAUAUAUUUUCCAAAUAAAUAUAUCUCCAUAAGUACUCCA